AUGGCUAAAUACUCAGUGCUCACUGACGAUGGAGCUUUGCCAAAACCGGUCUCGAAUAUUACUUCUGGACAGAAAGUCUUGCUGUCAUGUUCAUUGCUACUGAACGCGUUUUUGAUUACCAUUAUGUAUGUGUUGACCAGUGAUGAGGAAGUCACGUUGGAGACUUACAAUGUUAAAGGUCUGGCCAGAAAGAAUGUCAGCUUCGCGUUGAUGAAUAAUGGGACCGUCAACGAGAGUGUGAGGGCGUUUGAUUAUAAAGUAUGUUUCUAAAAUCUAAAAAGUGUUCACAGCUGGCUCUUGUUAUCUCCGAAUUGAAGGCUGCUUCAACUGGGCGAGCUGGUUUUAGCAAAUGCUUACAUUUGAAGACUCCCCAGUAGAGAUAACAAGCUUGACUCACGAGGGAAACGACGAGAAUGCAGCUUGAUGCCAAAUUUUACGUCGAUUUUUAAAGAUCUUUUUACAAUUGAAAAAGGGAGUGCCGAAGGGCGAGAACAGGCAAAAAAAAUUACGUUUUUAGAGCUUUUCCAACACCCUGAAUUCUCUAAAUACAGCGUCUGAUUGGCUUAUAAUCUUGGACAAGAUUGAGAUUGCAUCCGAUUUUUUUCUAAGGUCGCCUUGGGGGAUUAAUACCAUAAUUUUGGUGCAAUACUUGCUUCAUUUACGAAGACUUUAGCACAAUUUUGAAGGAUUUAAAAUUCCGCGUCGGCGGCCUAGAAUCCCCCAUUUCUGUUGACUAGCAACAACAAGGCAAAAAAGCAAAUUUCUGUUGAAUCUUGGGCUUUGUUUUGUGACCGCAAUACGGAUAAAAAAAUGAACUUCAAAAAAAGCAGAGAGAACAAAGAAUCCAAUUUCAGCCAUUUUUGUUACUCUACGAACCAGUGUUCUUCAAUAAAACCAGACGAUCAAAGGUGACUUCUGAUCCAUUUGCUAAAACCGGCGAUGAAAAAUAUACAGGUGGGUAAAGAAACGACAAAACUUUGAGCAAUAAACUUUUUAGUUGUUAUUCUUGCCUACAAAAGAGAUGAUCAACUAAAUUACACGCUAAAUUCCUUUGACGGCCUAGCAAAUUUGGACAAAAUUAUCGUCAUCUGGAAUGACGUGAGCAGGGCUGUUAGAAAAGAUAUUAUUCCGGUAAGUCAUCAUUGUAUCACAAAUUUUAAAAUUGAUUUUAGGUGAUCCACGUCCCAAUAGUGGUGCUGAAAAUGAAAAAGAACUCUUUGAACAACAGAUUCCUCCCCAUUGAUCUUAUUGAAACCGAGGCGGUACUCAAUAUGGACGAUGAUUUCAAUGUAAAACACAGUGUUAUGGACCUCAUGUUUGAGUUAGUCACUUUAAAUUCUUUUUUUAUAUUACUGUAACAACAUUUCCUUACUCUGAAAAUCGUUGUCAAAUAAUUCAAAUCAUGACUUUUUUAGAGUCUGGAAAUCGAACCGACGAGCAAUAGUUGGGCCGAACUACAGAUACGGAACUGUUUAUCCAGAUGGUAAGCGACAAUACGGAAUGCCAAAGAAAGGAAUUUACAACAUGGUACUGACAAGUGGAGCUAUUAUUCAUCGGGUAAGAAUGAGUCAUAGCUAAUCUCCAAAAAAUAAUACUAUUAAAUUUUGGCCAUGAAUUAAAGUGUCAAAGAAGUGAUCAUUUUCUUACCUGAACUAUUAUAGAAAUGUCUUUUCUCUGACCUCUCUCUAUUACGAGAAUUCUCCAAAUGUCGUUGAAUUAUUCGGCCAUACUUAUAAUAUAAAGUAAAGGCUUAAAAUAUCAGCAAUUUAUAUGGCCCAUAUAAAAAAUCGGUCCAUAAUUUCGAAGAAAUCCAGCCUCAAUCCCCAACCAUUACAUUUUCAGGACCUCAACAUUGCCUACACUACCCUAAUGUAUCCUGAAAUUCGGUCUCAAAUCGACGAGAUGUUGAAUUGCGAAGACAUUGCCAUCAACUUCUUGGCCGCUCACUUAUAUCCUCCUUUGGGAGCGAUCAAAGUGACAACAGACGAGAAUACAGUGGGCAAAUUUGCAUCCACUGGGCUUCAUCAACGGGGAAAGUCGCAUUACAAAGAUCGAGAGAAAUGUCUUGAGGAUUUUAUUCGAAUCUACGGGUAUAUGCCACUGGUCAAUCGACGGUGGAAAGCAGUGUAAAAUAAUAUGUGAAAAUGUUUGUUGUUUUGAAUUAAAGUAUAUUUAAAAAUUUUGAAGUUUUUAUGGCUCAUUACGAUGAGCGAGAAAAUGUAUAGGAUUUGAGUAGGAUCUAUGGACAAAAUGUCAUUAUUUGAUCGAAGAAAAGGGUAAGAAACGUUUUUUCUUGCAAUAAAAUUUCAGAGAAAAUGCAAAAAAAAUUAAAAAUUUUUUAUUUUCAGCCAAUUCAAAUUUUGUCCAUUGAAAAAUUUCAAAUUUUCGACUGUAGAUUUUUCGGUGGACCAUUUUUUUUUGCAUUCGAACCGACAACACUUUUAUGGCCAAACAUUCGAUCCCGCAUUCGAUUUGCAGUGCUUUGGCUACAAUUUAUGCCCCGAAAGUGCUCUUCUUUGGUUCCUUAUUACUCAAUGUGGUCCUGAUUACGAUUGUUUAUAUUCACUUGAGUACUUCGAAAGCGGAAUUUGGCACUUACGGCGAGAAAGAUGCAGAGAGAGGGAAUUCAAGCGCAGCUUCGAUCAAUGCGAAGACAGUGGAGGAAACUGUGAAAAGUUUCAAUUACAAGGUAAGCUGAGCAUGAAAUAUCUAGUUUACUUUUUUGUAAAAAUUUAACCGUAAAGCUUUUAAACUUUCUCAAAAAAUUUUUAUUUACAAUUUAUGAUUUACAGCCGUUUUCCUUGCUCUACGAAGCCGUCUUCUUCAAUAAAACAAAGCCAGCUAAGACUCAGUCUUCAAGUCAAACAAGCGAUGAGAAAUUUACAAGUAAGUAUCUACCUGCUCUUCUAACUUAUUCAAAUUCAGUUGUAAUUCUGGCCUACAAACGGGAUGAUCAACUAAAUUACACGCUAAAUUCAUUGGACGGUCUGGCAAAUUUGGACAAAAUUAUCGUCGUUUGGAAUGACAUAAGCAGGGCUGUUAGGAAAGAUAUUAUUCCGGUAAGUCAUCAUUGUCAUCACAAAUUUUAAAAAUUAAAUUUAGGUGAUCCAUGUCCCAAUAGUGGUCCUCAAAAUGAUGGAGAACUCUUUGAACAACAGAUUCCUCCCGAUUCAUCUUAUUCAAACCGAGGCGGUGCUCAAUAUGGACGAUGAUUUCAAUGUAAAACACAGUGUUAUGGACCUCAUGUUUGAGUAUGUCACAUUUUUAAAUCUAAAUUUGCUUUGUUCUGUAGUGUCUGGAAAUCAAAUCGGCGAGCAAUUGUAGGCCCAAACCACAGGUACGGAACUGUUAAUUCAAAGGGAAAAGGAGAGUAUGGAAGGGCGAAGAAGGAGCUCUACAACAUGGUGCUGACAAGUGGGGCUUUCAUUCAUCGGGUAAGAAAAAAUUUUAUUUAAUGCCAAACUCUUCGUUGAUCAUAACUUGUGGUUUGUUAUGGCUUCCGCCGUGAAAGUUCCUUAUUGUGGCCACAACCUUUAACUUUGCGGAAACUGGUCAGAAAUAGCCCAAAUUUAGCGUGCGGGCUCAAUUCAUCGUUGCCAAUGCCCAGACAGUGGAUUUAGUUAGUGAGGUACCUUCUUUUUGACGUACCACCUUACCCUUCAAAAACGGCUGCAGCCUGCGAUUUUACACUUUAUACGAUGAGAACUGUCCGGAACUAAACUUAUUACCUCCGUAUAGAACUAGAUGAGUCGUCAUGGCCUUCGUACGUACCCUUAUAGCUAUAGAAUUAUUAUAGUAUGUAAUUCAGUGAUAGCUAGGUCGAAGCCUUUUUUCCUAACUUUAGUUCCCAAGCUUGGGCGCAGUUCGAAGAGUACCUUUCUUGUGGCCAGAAUAAGGAACUUUUUCCGCUUCCGCAAUUUUAAAACUACCAUUCCCAAUAAAAUCAUAAAAUUUACAGGACCUCAACAUUGCCUAUACUACUCUAAUGCAUUCUGAAAUUCAUUCCAAGAUUGACGAAAUUUUGAAUUGCGAGGAUAUUGCGAUGAACUUCCUGGUCGCCCAUCUAUAUCCUCAAUCUGCUGCGAUCAAAAUCGGAAAAUCACAGUCGGUGGGCAAGUUUGAGUUUGCAUCAAACAACCUGCAUGGAAGAAAAUCCCAUUACACUGAGCGGGAAAAAUGCAUCGAGGAUUUUAGUCGAAUCUACGGACGCAUACCGUUGGUGGAUCGACGCUGGAAGGCAGUAUGA